AACAGAGUCCGUUUCUGCAAACACGUUGCGCGCCACCGACAGCGCCAGUAUACUAGGCCGCUUGUGUGAUCAAACGUCUUUGCGGCGUACCCAUCCGCUCCGUUCAAGGGAACAUCAGCGAGAUUAGAGGGGGACUCUCAACUUCAUUCCAGUGGCACGCGAGGAUCUGAAUCUCUUUUGAGCUCUGCCGAUCGCGGAGAAUUCAAACGCGGGGCCGGCGGCAUCUUAACGUCUCUUAUGUCGAUGUAACACGCAACGGUGUUCACAACAACCAAUAAGCGGGACGAAUCUUGUCGAGGACUGUUAGAGGUCGAACCAUCGUUCACUGCUAUAAAACAGCGGGUUUAGGAGAACAACUGGUGGUACAGCUGGUGUGCUGACAGCAAGUGGAAACUAAGGUGUGGCUGGGGCUCAGCAGGUGCAGGGCCAGCCGAGACGUUACUCCGCAAUGGAUGUUGAUGAGGAGGAGAACAUGAGUUCAUGCAGCACCGACGUAAAGGAAAACCGCAACCUGGACAACGUGUCUUCUAAGGAUGGAGUCGGCCUGGUCGAACAGCUCCCCAAUGGCAGCGGAGGAGGGGGUCGCAAGCGCCCCCUGGAGGAGGGUAACAAUGGCCACUCGCAUUCCAAAUUCCGACCCAAGAAGCGUAAAAAAACGCCCGGGCCGGUUCUGCCCAAGAAUGCCCUCAUGCAGCUGAACGAAAUCAAACCGGGCUUACAGUACAAGUUGCUCUCGCAGACGGGACCGGUCCACGCUCCGGUGUUUGUCAUGACCGUCGAGGUUAACGGGCAGUUGUUUGAGGGCUCGGGUCCAACGAAGAAAAAGGCCAAGCUGAACGCUGCCGAAAAGGCCCUGCGUUCCUUCGUGCAGUUCCCUAACGCGUCCGAGGCUCAUCUGGCCAUGGGCCGUACGCUGACCGUCAACACGGAUUUCACCUCCGACCAGGCUGACUUCCCCGACAUGCUCUUCAACGGGUUUGAGACGCCGACACCGCUUGAGGAAACGUUUUUUCUGGGCUCCAACGGCAACGGCUCCUUAAACCCGCUGGGAGAGUAUCCUGUGCCCCAGGCACCGGGUACUAACAGUCUCGUGCAAGCACCCCUGCCAACCCCCUCCUCCUUCAGCUCCUCGAACAGCGGCAAGAACCCGGUCAUGAUCCUCAACGAGCUUCGGCCGGGUCUCAAGUACGAGUUUGUAUCAGAAAGCGGAGAAAGCCACGCUAAGAACUUUGUGAUGUCGGUGACCGUGGACUCGCAGACGUUUGAGGGCUCGGGCCGGAACAAGAAACUGGCAAAAGCCCGGGCUGCCCAGGCAGCUCUGUCUGCUCUCUUCAACAUGCAGCUGGACCAGACGCCGUCCCGCCAACCCAUUCCUAGAGAGGGCUUACAACUUCACCUGCCCCAGGUUCUUGCAGAUGCCGUUUCUCGUCUGGUUGUGGACAAAUUCAGUGAGCUGACUGACAACUUCACCUCUCCACAUGCACGCCGGAAAGUUCUGGCCGGAGUUGUCAUGACAACAGGUACUGACGUCAAAGACGCUCAGGUCAUCUGUGUCUCAACUGGAACCAAGUGUAUAAAUGGUGAAUACAUGAGUGACCGCGGCCUGGCGCUGAACGACUGUCACGCAGAAAUCAUUGCUCGACGUUCCCUCAUCAGGUAUCUGUACAUGCAGCUGGAACACUUUCUGAGCAACAAUAAAGAGGAGCACCAGAAGUCUAUAUUUACACAGUGUGAGAAACGUGGCUACCGGCUGAAAGACAACGUCCAGUUUCAUCUCUACAUCAGUACCUCACCCUGUGGAGAUGCUCGGAUCUUCUCGCCUCACGAGGCGGGCGUCGAGGACCAAGGAGACCGACACCCAAACCGAAAGGCGAGAGGCCAACUGAGGACCAAGAUCGAGUCUGGAGAAGGGACCAUACCGGUGCGAUCCAGUAACACCAUACAAACAUGGGAUGGGGUUCUUCAAGGGGAGCGACUCCUUACGAUGUCAUGCAGCGACAAAAUUGCAAGGUGGAACGUGGUGGGUGUCCAGGGCUCUCUGAUGAGCUACUUCACCGAGCCCAUCUACUUCUCCAGCAUCAUUCUGGGCAGCCUGUAUCACGCUGAUCAUCUCUCCCGAGCCAUGUACCAGAGGAUCGCUGACAUUGAAGACCUGCCCCAGCAAUUCUCGCUCAACCGGCCCCUGCUCAGCGGCAUCAGUAACGCUGAGGCACGACAGCCAGGAAAAGCUCCCAAUUUCAGUGUGAACUGGACUGUAGGUGACCAGGCUCUGGAAGUCAUUAAUGCCACCACGGGGAAGGAUGACGUUGGCAGACCUUCACGUCUGUGUAAACAAGCCCUGUACAGCCGAUGGGUGCGACUGCACUCGAAGCUCUCGUUGACCCUGCGGAUCAAAGUGCCCAAGCCCAGCUCGUACCACGAAGCCAAACAAGCCGCCGUGGAGUACCACACAGCGAAGCAAACGCUCAUCAAGGCCUUUCACAAAGCGGGUCUGGGUGCUUGGGUUAAAAAACCCAUCGAACAGGACCAGUUCUCUCUGAACUCUUGAAGGGAACAAACAAAAGACGCGACAACAACCAGCUGUUAAUACUUCACUUGAUGUAUGAGUGUGUGCGUGUGUGCGUGAAGCCGUUUGUUCACGGACAAACCAAGAACCCUUUAGCGUCUGGCAUUUUGCUCUUUGUGUGAACUCACACCUAUUGUUUUGUAAUGCAGGAGCAGAUUGUCAUUUAAAAAUUAGUGUUUGUUUCUUUGUUUUUCGAAGUAGUGGCAUUAGCCUAGAGCAGAUGACCGGAAGUCAUGUCAGUUUUAACUGGAAAACUGUUUUUAGAGAUUUUAUUAGUUGUGUUUUGCGAGAGCGGGUUGUUCGGAAAAAUCCAUGAUGCCAUAAAUGCGCAUGUCACAUGGCUUCAGGUCGGCUGUGGGGUUCGAAGGUUUUCUGGUCCAGCCUAUUCGAAUGCUGUCUCAACUUUUCGAGCAUGGUUCUCUUUAAUAUGCAAAACAUAAGCAUAUUUAUAUUUUUUAUUCUGACCCUUUCCGAACUAAGUGAAGGGAGAAGCAUGGUCCCUUUAGAUAGACAUACUUUGCCGUAGUUUUAGCAUACGCCGUCUUUCUAGUCGAAAUAGUUUUCAAUUUGGAAAUUUUUAUUUGCAUAUGGUUUCUUGAGAGCUUGAAAACAUAAAUUGUAUUUCUAUGUAGUUUUAAUUUGAAUCUGAAGAGAAGUUGUUAUUGAUGCAUCCAAAGUGCAUUGAUGUUAUUAAAAAAAUGUUUUCCGGGGUCUUAAAUGCAUGUAUGUUUUUGUGCGAGGCUCAGAUUUAGGCCUUGCUCAAAGCCCUUUAUAUGGACAAAACUUACCAAUUGACUAUAAAAUGGACCAUUUUAGAAAGCCCCUAUUGUUUUCGAAUUUAGUUUUUAGACCGUACUGAAUUUAAGCAGCAGAUCUGAUGUAUCUGUUAGUGUGAUGGGCAUUACGCUGAUGUUACAGGAGUAGCUCACCCAAAACUGAAAAUAAUCAUUUAAUCACUUUUGUGGUGUACUGUAUGCAGUUAUUACUUUAACAUACACAAUACUUAUUUACAGAAUCUUCACGCUAAAUCUUUUUGCCUGGUCAUGGUCAUUGAUGUCAAGUUGUGGAACAUGGUUUUAGAAAGACAUGAAGAGAGUAAAUAAUAACAGAAUUUACUGGUUGAACUAUUCCUGUAACAUUGAGGCUGUGUUUAGUCAUUGCAGGUCUCAGAUCAGGGCAUAAGAGAUUUUGGUAAUACUUUACAUACAUUAGCAUUAUUAUGCAUUAGCUAACAUGAACUAACAAUGCAUUUAUUAAUCUUAGUUCAUCUUAAUUUUAGCAUAUACUAAUAUAUUUUUAAAGUGCACCUAUUAUGCAAAAUCCAUUUUACAAGGUGUUUGGACAUACAGCGGGAAAAAUAAGUAUUUGGCACAUCAGCAUUUUUAUCCGUAAGGGGAUUUUGACACAAAAUUUCAACCAGAUGUAGCCAUCAGCCAAAUAUUGAAAUCAGAACAUUUAAGUAUACAAGUUGAGUCAUAAUAAGUAAAGUGAAAUGACACACUUUAUUUAAAACUUUGUAGAAACGCCUUUGUGAUUACAGCUUCUAGACGCCUCUUGUAUGGAGAAACCAGUUGUCUGCAUUGCUCACUAUACAUGCAUGUUGGCUAUGUGUGAACACAGCAACCCUACAAUAAAAAAACAAACAAAUUUAAUCCCCAUAAACCAAAGCAGUCUCAAUAGACAAGCAAGUUGUACAGACUGUAUUAAUCAGAUUUAUUUUAAGUGAAAGUGCUGUCUGUUUGCAAAUAAGUGAGGAGCUGUAGCUUAUUUGCAUUUAAAGGUACAGACACAUUUGGGUGCUCCACGAUAUAACAUGUUAUAACAAAUGAUCUGUGGGGUAUUUUCAGCUGAAACUUCAAAGACACAUUCUGGGCACACCUGAGACUUGUAUUUACAUCUUGUAAAAAUGGAAUAAUAGAUGCUCUUUAAAAUCAAAACUUGUAUUUGUUAACAUUAGUUAAUGCACAAUUAAUUAACAAUUGUAUUGGCAUUAACUAACAUUAACAAAAGUGAAUAAAUGUAAAAAAAAAAAAAAAACUAUAUUGCGUAUUGUUAGUUUGUGUAAACUAAUACAUUCACUAAUGUUAACAAAUACAACUUUAUUGUAAUGUGUUAAGACUUUUAAGGUGGAGGAAUGGUCUAAAAAUCGAUGCACGUUUAUUAUUAACGCAAGCCAUCUCUGCAUGCAGAAGAGAGUGGGGUUUGCAGUUGAGGGUUGAAUUUUGUAUUUUGUUUGAGAUUUUUUUUAUUCAUAGACCUUGAUGCCUGCAUUCCUCCUGAAAGACUGCUUUUGUCAGGCUAAAGUCCUUGAGAAUGAGGUUUCUCCUGUGGAGACCUCUGCUCUACAAGGUUGUGAUUCGAGAGCGCAGGCUCUCUUUGAUUUAUGGCUUAUCCAGUGCAGCAUGUUUGACUGGUAAGGUUACAGCGAAUGUGACCACAGAUCUGUUUUCUGUUUUUAAUUAAGUUGAUCAUUGGUGGUAUUUACUUUACAGAAAUAUUACUGUAAGAUAUCUUAACAAAGUUAUGUACAUUGGACAGUCUCUUAAAAAUAAAGGUUCCUACCCGCGCUGUCACUAAGGUGGUACUCUUGCAAAAAGUACACAUCUAUACCUAAAAGGUACAUUUUGGUAAAGAUAACCAAUUUGAAGAGCCCAGAUGCAAAACCCUGCGUCUGACAUGUUUUCUUGUAAAUGAGCAUGACUCUUAUGUUCAUGUUUAGUAAAUUUAACUUUAAUGGCAAUGAAAAGAUUAUUAGUCAGUAAUAGAAAUGCCUUAUUUAACUUUAUUCAUUUCAUUUGUAUUUAAAAAAUAUAAUGCAAAAGUACAUGCAAAAAUUUCCAUCCAGUCACUUUUCCGUCAAAUAUUUUGUCAAUAUCCUAAUUUAUACCAAAAGGCUGUUGAAUACUUUAUUCUGAUAUAAAUGUUUCACGAGAAUGCAUUAUUUAUCGAUAACCGCACACCUAACCUGAUAAAUGUGUAAGGUAUAAUUGAGGAUGGGCUAUUUAAUUAUUCGAAAAUAAUGCACAACCAAGGUGGUAAUGCGGCAUGACACAAAUCUGACAUUUAGAUAUUUUACAGAUUAGGUGUGCGUUUCACAAAAAAAUAGUGAAACGCCGCAUUUUUUAAAUAUGCCGCAUUUUCGCCGCAUAGAUUGCAGAUUUGUGCUCGCAAAAUAUGCGGGCUUGCAUGAUUUCAUAAUCCCUGCAUUUUCAUAGCAAAAAGUCACAUAUAUUUUAGCAGAAAGUUGAAAAAUGUUGCACACUUCACACAUGCGCAGCCAUGUCCCCUAUUGUCAUGGGAAUGUUAGGAAGUGACAUAAUUACGCAACGUGAACUUCAAAGAAAAGCAGUUUUUUGCAAGUUCCCAGCAAUUUUGGCAAGUUCCCGCAAUUUCAUCGCAUACAAUUGCAUAAAUAUCCCGCAUAUUCCAUCGCAUUUUUUAAGAAAACGUGCCGCAAGAUCAAGGAUUUUUGCCCGCAACAAUUACAAAAAACCUGCGUUUUCUGGAAGGACUGAUUUUAAGACAUUUGACAAGUUAGAUGUAUGAUUAUCAAAAAAUAAUGCAUACCCGUUGAACAUUUCUCAACCAAUCAGAAUAAUGCAUUCAACAGCCUCGUGGUAUAACUGAAAAUAAUGCACAUCCGAGGUGUAAUGGCACUCCACAUUACCACCUUUGGUGUGCAUUAUUUUCUAAUAAUUAAACUGCCUGUCGUCAAUUAUUCCUUGCAUAUUCAGUAAACCUCCUUUAACCUGGUAAACAACUCUUGCAGGUCAACAAUUGAAAUCCGAUGUACGCGUGCCAUCGUUCAUGCAAUUCGUCCAUGCACUUUGAGGGCUUUGCUGAAUAAUCGCCGUGGCAUUGGGGGAUUCUGCCAACAAACCGGAUCUUCUGAAUUGCCAGAGGCCGGGAUUAGGCGGAUUUGAUGCAAAAGUUUUUGAUGAACGUAUAAUACAUGCCGAAAGCAUUUGGUUAAAAUCAUUAUCUCAUUUUGGAUGGAGAUGACGCUUAGCGGCUUUUGCAUCUGAGCUCUUACUUACAUGGGACAUGUAAUUACCUUUACAAACAGUACUGUCCUGGUGAAAGCUUGUGUACCUUGUUUCUGACAUUGCAAAAUGCUUCUUAUCAGGCUGUAUGGUUCCAUAAAGAACCUACAGAACUGUUCAAAAUUGUUCAUUUCUUUGGGGAACCAAAAAUGGUUCUUUUAUGGUGUUAAUGCAUUUGUUUUCAGAACCUUUAUUUUUAAGUUGCUGUCACAUUUUGACCGUAUGAUUUGACAAAAAAAGCAUAAUAAAUUAGCAACAGUUUACCCACGAAUGAAAAUUCAGUGCACAGGUUUGACUCGAGGGUUUUGUUUCGAGGUGAAUUAUAAACCCUCAUAAGUAUUUAUAAUGUAUUGAUAGGUAAAAGGUGCUCCCUUUUCAUACCCUACAAUAGCAUCAGGUUUCUUUAGCAACAUUUGAAACCUUUUUAAAGAAACCAGCAGUGUGUGUGUUUGUUUGUUUGUCCGUUCGAGUGUGUUCAUCUGUGCACCUGCUGCUGAGCCAAGUUGGCAUUCUGCGAAGACGUUGAGGCAAAAAGACUUUAAGAUCGAUGUGGAAUGUUCACCAAAGAUGUCAAUUUUAUUUUCCUUCAAACAUUGAAACAAAUGCGAACUAUUUUUUAAAGACGAGAAAGUUGUAGGUGCAAAGAUUGUUCAGCGUUUUACAUUUUCCCUCGACUUUCUUCUUUCGUUCACUAAUGUAUUUUUUAUGGUGUACGUUUGAGUUUGUUCAGUCAGGACCGGCUCAAGGACAUUCUCAGCAUUCUUGUUAAAGGUGGAUGUACUGCUGUAAAUAUAUUUUGACCCUCUGAAAUACUGACCCAGUCGACUCCAUUGGAAUUGUAUUUUUUUUCUUGGCUCGAAAAGCAACAUGCAUUUUUGUUCAAGGUCUUUUUUGGUGCAGAGGCAAGGAAAGGGGCUCUUGUGGCCUGCUAGGAUUUGACUGGCACUAAUGCAUUUUUGAAGGCCCCCUAUAAGCGUACAGGGAAUCUACAGUAUGGUACUGUAAUGAUUAAUGACUGUAGAGUUUGACUCCCUUUACUCUAAUGGAAAAGAUUACGCCCUGAAAUUAAUGAGCACAGUCAGUUCUGCAUAAAUGUGGCUCAGCAAAAAGUACCUUUUUCUGUGAGUGACAUUUCAAGGACAGCAGACUUGUGGGAUUUUUACUUUUUAUGCAUCAUCCUAUUUUUUCCUCUUCACCUUCCGGCGGUCAGAGCUUUGCCUCCGUAUGCCUCUACUGUCGAGAAGACGUUUAGAUGGCGCAAGAUGCCAGUGAUGUCACAAUGUACUCGGUCCCUAAGAUGGUACCUUCUCCUGUUUAUUUGUUUCUUUGCGGAAACUGAGCCGUGUGUUAGAGACGUACUUCCUCCUCUGUUCCUGGCCAGCCCGUUUUUAAACGUCUUGUGAUUUGGUGACUGUAGCGUGGAGUCCGGCGGCGUGCCGACACGACCCAGCUCAAUCUCGGUCCACACCGUCUUUUGCCUGUCCUUCGUAAUAUCCACAUGGGUCACCUGCAUGAGCUACUUCACUGAAGCUGCACCCAGCAUGACGACAUACUUUAAAAAUGGACUUGUAUGUAGAAAAAAAGGAACAAAAAUAAAUCUAUAUAUACAUAAGCAAAAAAAAGAGAAAGAAAUAAAAAAAAUCUUAGUUUA